GAUUUUCAGCGCCACAAAAAAAAGCGACAAUAUCUGAUAUCACUCCAGAUGACAUCGCUAGGGUUGCUAAACUUGCUCAGGAUCAGGACCCAAUGCGUUCACUGGGACAUUUAUCAUCAUCAUGUCAAACAGCAUUCUUUGGUAUUAUUGGUUCUCCAGAAUUUCUACAAUGCAUUCCAGUUUCUGCACUUAUACCACUUUUACCAAUUUUAAUCGAUCCUAGUGAAAUUGCAUCGUUUAUUUCCGAUCCAAAGACUGGACUUCAAAAACUUCAACCUGAUUUGAUAGAAUUAUCUAAUGAAUUCUGUGCAAAACCAAUAUGUUCUGAUCAAGGUGUUGCAGAUGCUAUUAAGGCAAUUCAAACCGGAUGUAAUCCAAAUGAUAUGAAAAACCCAAUAAUGCAAAUCCUAUUUAUUGCUGCCGUUUUCUAUUCUCCUGCGAGGGACACAAUAU